AUGCCUUCCAAUCCAGGAAACAAGCGCGUCCGAGGCGUCUCCGUCUUCCGCCCAUUCAUCUUUGGCAGUGAAGCGCAACCCUUCGACCCGGAGAAAAAACCCGCAAACUGCCCACCUGACCACACCCACCAAUGGCGCAUAUUCGUGAAAGGCGUCGACGACCAGGACAUCUCCUACUGGCUGAAAAAGGUUCAAUUCAAGCUCCACGAGACCUACGCCCAAAAUGUCCGUACAAUCGAAUCCCCACCCUUUGUAGUUGAGGAAACCGGCUGGGGAGAAUUCGAGAUCCAGAUUAAGCUCUACUUCGCCCCCGAAUCGAACGAGAAGCCGCAAACCCUAUGGCACAGUCUGAAACUGCACCCCUACGGCCCUGACGCGGAGGGUAUGAAGGAACGCCGGGAGGUAGUUGUUAGCCAGAAUUACGAGGAGGUUAUCUUCAAUGAGCCUGUUGAGCCUUUUUAUGAAAUUCUUACGGGCGGUGCAGGUAAUGGGGUGCCGAGGGGGAAAGGAAAGAACUCGAAAGUGGGCGCUCGCACGGCGGAGAUUCCUGUGGGUGAUAGUCCCAAGAAUCCGUAUAGUCGGGUGACGGAGAAUAAGGAGCUUGAUCGCAUGGCUGAGGCGACGAAGACGGUUGAGCAGAUGAUCAGGGAGGAGAAGGAGCGACUGGUUGAGCGAGAGAAGCGGUUGGCAGAGUUACGCGAGAGUGAAGGUAUUCCGGCCAACACGAAGAGAAAAUGA